AUGUGGAAAAAACACCUUCUGCAGCGUCAGUCAGAUACAAAUGGUUUAAUGAGCUUUCACCUCAACGGAAUCUCACACGCAAGCUUCAAAAUAUUUUCAACUCUUGCUGAAUCAUUAAUAGCACUAAUUAUCUCACAUUGCGAGUAUUAUCCAGAUUUCCUGUUCUGCCCAUGGAAACAUGGAACCGAAGCGUGCGAACAUAUAUUUGGAUGGAUGAGAGUCAUCUCUCCAAACUUUAGUGUUCUUGAUGCCCGCCUCAUGAUGCCCAAAAUAAUUUCAGUGGUCAAGAGCAUCAUGAGUGGAAGGAUUCAGAUUCCACCAUCAGAACAUGUCCACGCAGUGUACCAGAUUGAUCUUCAUGAAGAUAAUGCUGAUAACCUCAAUCAUCUGCGUGAUUUUCCUUCAAAUAAGGAGAUAUCAGAAGACCUUUCCAUUGCUAAUAAACGUGCUAUGAGUUUAGCUGAAUUCUGUGGAAUGGUUGCAAUUGAGCUCAACAAAUCAGACAAAGAUGUAGAAGAAAUCCUCGGUUCUACUGUACAUAACACUCAAGAACACUCUCCAGAUGUUUCAACAAGUGCUGCCAAAGAUUACGAGAUCAACUAUAGUUUUGAACUUGGGGAAUUCCCUGAAAAUGUGGCUUUUGAAACGGCAGCAACAUUGACAAAAGAGCAGAAUGCUCUCAACGUCAUGAUGGAACAAGUACCCAAGACUUUUGAGGGUAAAGUGGUCCAGAACUCUGCAAUGUUGAUUUCCAACCUUCUCAACUCUAGUGAUGAGCCUCAGAACCCGAAUGGUCUGGUUUCAGGAUUGGGAAAAGAAGCUACGUUGUGCUUGAUUGAUAAUGACAGACUUCAUGUCAAGAACAUAAUCGAAUUACGAAAACAACACGAUAUUCAAGUAGCAAAGAACAAAGGCAAUGAUAGAAUACUGACAAACUGUGAUAAUCUAAGACUUGAGCUCAAUUUGACUACAAAUGAUGGCAUCUUGAAACCUAGCAUAUGCUCAAAAGCUAUCGCGGUCUUCAUGAAGAAUUUCUCUGGAACCCCAGCUGGUGCUGCGCGUCAACACCGGUGGAACAUGCACAUCAAGAUGAAUCUGGGGGGUCUCAUCACAAACACCACUAAAGAUCGAGCUGUGGAUAUGCAGCAGUUAUUUGACAGGGGCUCUAUUGGGAUUGAAAACCCAAUUGAGCCGGGUACAAUCAUUAUCUUUAUCAAGAACGACAUAUGUUUUUCAACUUUGUUCAAAAGCAUAGUAGCCUGUUGCUGA